AGUAAAAUCAAGAGCCCUCGUAGAUUUCUUCUUGAUCUUAACGAUGGCAGACACCUUUAACACCUCACUCACCUCAAAAAUAAUGAAUAAUUCAUUAAAAACCAGGCUCACUCUCUCCCUCUCUUCCUCUAGCUAGCCAUGUCCAUGUCAGUCUUCAAGACGAUGAAACUUGUUCCAUUAACCGUAAAAACACUGCACCACAGGAUCAUCAGAAACACUGUAAUGGGUCCUCGAAGACAGCCACUUAUCAUUAAUCGUUCGUACUCGACAACCCCAACUGGAAGAACAAAAAAGCCAUGGACAGAUGCAAUGAACGUGCUGUACAACAGAAUAUCGUCACUUGCAGAUCAAAGGAUCACCAUUUCACUAUUUCUCAAUCACUGGGUCCUUGAAGGACAACCCGUCAACAAAAAUCAGCUCCGUGAAUUCAUCAAGGAGCUCCGGUUCCACAAACGAUAUGCUCAUGCUCUUGAGAUUUCAACGUGGAUGACUGACAGUGGGUACUUUGAACUUGCAUCACAAGAUGUAGCCGUUCAGCUGGACUUGAUCUCAAAGGUUCAUGGGAUAGAACAAGCACAGAAGCUCUUCAAUAACACUCCACAACACUUAAAAGUUCUAAAGGUUUAUAGUGCACUCCUCAACUGCUAUGCCAAAGCAAAAUUGGUGGAAAAAGCAGAGUCUGUCGUGCAGGAGAUGAAGAGCCUAGGUUUUGCCAACACAUUGUUGGUUUACAAUGUCAUCCUUAAUUUUUAUUAUCAGACUGGAAACCCUGAUAAAAUCAACAGUCUGAUGCAAGAAAUGGAACAAAAUGGUAUUGGCUGCGACAAAUUUGCACAUUCCAUACAACUGAGUGCAUACGCAUCUGUUUCUGACAUUGUAGGCAUUGAGAAGACUCUGGCAAAAAUGGAAUCUGAUCCCAACGUUUUCUUGGACUGGACCUCGUACACUGCUGCUGCAAAAGGAUAUAUAAAAGUUGGACUUGUUGACAAGGCUCUGGAAAUGCUGGAGAAAUCUGAGAGACUAGUUACAGGUAAAAGAAGGGGAACAGCAUAUGAUUCUCUAAUCACCCUAUAUGCUGCAACUGGGAAGACAAAUGAAGUCUUAAGAAUUUGGGAACUUUACAAGAAAAACGAGAAGGUUUACAAAGAGGCAUAUAUUAGUAUCAUAACCUCUCUAUUGAAGUUAGAUGACUUUGAAAAUGCAGAAAAGAUUUUCGAGGAGUGGGAGUUCCAGAAUCAUUCUUGUUAUGAUAUCCAUAUUCCAAACUUCCUUAUUGAUGCCUAUUCGAGAAAAGGUCUCGUGGAGAAGGCUGAAACAUUAAUUGAUAGGGCAAUAUCAAAAGGAGGGGAACCUAAUGCAAAAACAUGGUACCAUUUGGCAACAGGGUAUCUUCAGAAUGGCCAAACUCUGAAGGCCGUGGAAGCAAUGAAGAAAGCAGUAGUGGUUUCUGGACGAAUGUGGAAGCCAAGCAAUGAAAUUUUAGCUAACUGUUUGGGGUACUUGAAAGUGGAGGGAGAUUUGGGGAAACUGACGAAUUUCAUGGACUUACUUAGGGAUAAUGAUAUUAUUUCCUUGGAUAUUCAAGAAAGAUUGUUGAAUCACAUUAAGAAUGCGAAGUCAAGCUCAGAUGUGCUGGGUGCUUUGAAUAACAAUUUAGCAGUGAUUUGCUCCAUGAUCAAGCAACUUCUUGCAGAUUUGCUGGGUAAACUCCUGAGUGAACUUAACUCCCAUUAUCCUGCAAAAAUGAUUUCUUUUACCUGCAAUAAGGUUUCUUCAAUAGCGAUCGGAAAUGACCAAAAAGCAACCCUGGUUUCUAGGCACAGCUGGACCCCAGGAACCCUUCUCUCUCAAAUUCACAGUUGCUAUUGCUAUUCUAUGCAGCAAAUGAAUCUCCUUCGAUUAGCCUAUAUAUCCUCUACGAUCAGUCGCUUGAAUCCCAAAAACGUAGUGGGCAUUCGAUUUUUUUACUCAAAAAUACAAAACCCAAGAUCUAGAGAGCCACCGUGGAAAGGCCCCUUCAACCGACUGUCACGUCGUCUUUCAAGAAUCAGAGACCACAAUGUCUCAGUGAUUCCAGUUCUCGACAAAUGGAUUCAAGAAGGAGAAACUAUUUGGGAAGAUUUAAUCCAUGCCCUAAUCAAGGAGUUACGCCAGUACAGGCGUUAUCAUCAUGCUCUUGAGAUUUCGAUGUGGAUGACUGACAAAAGAUAUCUUGCUCUGACAUCACGUGCUGUUGCAGUGCGGCUGGACUUGAUCUCGAAAGUUCAUGGGAUAGAACAAGUAGAAAACUAUUUCAAUAACAUUCCAACAAAAUUAAAAGGACUUGAGAGUUAUGGUGCACUUCUCAACUGCUAUGCCUAUGUAAAAUCUGUAGAAAAAGCAGAGGCUGUGAUGCAGAGAAUGAGGGAAUUGGGUUUUGCCAGAAAACCCUUAGUUUUCACAGUCAUGCUUAACCUUUAUUACAAGACCGGGAACACCGAGAAACUUGACCCUCUGAUGCGAGAAAUGGAGGAAAAUGGCAUUUCUUUUGAUAAAUUUGCGUAUUGCAUACGUCUAAGUUCAUAUGCAGCUGCUUCUGACAGUGAGGGACUGGAGAAGACUCUAAAAAGGAUAGAAUCUGAUCCCAAUGUUGUUUUGGACUGGGCCACUUAUGCUACUGUGGCAAAUGGCUAUUCAAAAGUUGGGCUUUUGGACAAAGCUCUGGAAAUGCUAAAGAGAUGCGAGAGACUGAUUACUGGAGAAAGACGAAGUACACCAUAUGAUUACCUUAUGACACAAUAUGCCACAACUGGGACAAAAGAAGAUGUCUUGAGGGUUUGGGAACUUCACAAGAGGUAUGUUGGGAAUCGGAAAAAUAUUAGUGUCAUUACCUCUCUGUUGAAGUUUGAUGACCUUGAAAGCGCAGAGAAGAUUUUUGAGGAGUGGGAAUCCCAAAAGUUAUGUGAUGACAUCAUCAUUCCAAACUUCCUUGUCGAUGCUUAUUCUAGGAAAGGUCUUUUGGAGAAGGCUGAAAUGCUUCUGCAGAGGACAAUGUCAAAUGGUACAAAACCUAAUGCAAAUACAUGGUAUUUAUUGGCAAAAGGGUAUCUUCAGCAUAAUCAAACUCCAAAGGCGGUGGAAGCAAUGAAGGAAAUGAUAGUCUUAUCUGGACCAAGGAGCAGACCCAGCACUGUAAGUUGGGUUGCCUGUUUGCAGCACCUGAAAGACUCCGGUGACAUGGAUAAUGCAGAGGGCUUCAUAAAUCUACUCAGGGAAAAAGAUAUUAUUUCUUUAGAUAUUCAAGACAAAUUAUUGAGUUAUAUUAAAGACAGGGACUCGAGGUUAGAUGCACUUAGUGCACUCAAAGGUAGUUCUUUACAUGGAAUCAGCGUCACGCAUGAGAUUCCAAGACCAGAUCAGGCACAGAAGGAUAGUAGUGAUUCAGUGUCAGGUUGAGGAAAGCACCGAGGCUUUAAGGGAGGGCUCAUAUUUCUGCCCAUAACCCUUGUCAGUUACGAACAUUCAGACCAGAAACGCUUCAAAAUCCGUCCUGUUCCUAUCUAAUCCAUCUAUAACAGAUACUAGUGUGUUCGUAUUGUUAGUUCUAUGCCAAUUUCUGUCAGAAGUUGGGACAGCAGGUAAUAUGAAUUGAGAAGACAAUCAAUGUACUAUGAAGAAGACAAAUAUUAUCACCAUAAAAAAAUUAAUGAAUCUCAAAAUAAUAGAUUAAACAACUUUUUCUAACCAAAUUUAAGGAUAUAAUUUUCA